AUCGCUGAUCGCCGGCUAGUUGCGUUUGUGGUUCGGGAUCGGUGUGCCGUCGUACGGAGCAAACCGAGAAACAGUAGUGCAGCAGGAUGAAGUUCGUCACAGUAUUGUUGGUGUUUGGUGUAGUGUUUUCCGCGUUGCAGCUGACAUUUGCAGCACCGGUGAAUGCGGAACAGUUGCCCGCCAAUGCCGAGCCGAACAAGAAAGAGCUGAGACCAGUGACGGAGCUGAAGCAGGCGGAAAGUGCGGAUGCGCCGGCUGCACAUGCUGAUACGGUGGCUGUUGCAGCAGAGAAGGAACAGGAUGCGGCCGUCGUCGAUGCGGUCGAGCAAGUGAGCAACUACGUGCAGGAGGAUGCGGCCGAUGGUGAGGCUGUCGAAGGUAGUGAAAUGAGUGCUAGUUCUCGGUCGAAGCGAUCAGUUGCAUGUACCGAACUCUUAGGAGAUGAUGGCGUUAUGCGGACGGUGUGCGAUCAGGACCAGGACGCGGAGAGCAGUGCAUUGGACAGUGCGGUGGCGUUCGAGCGUUCGUACGGAGGACAUGGUGGCCAUCACGGAGGCCAUGGUUACGAACAUCAUGAGGCGAAGGGACACGGUGCAUAUGGACAUCAUGAGGCGAAGGGCCACGGCGGCUAUGGGCAUCAUGAUGCGAAGGGCCACGGUGGCUAUCAUGAGGCGAAGGGUCAUGGCGGAUAUGGACAUCAUGAGGCGAAGGGUCAUGGCGGAUACGGACAUCAUGAGGCGAAGGGACACGGUGGCUACGGACAUCAUGAAGCGAAGGGACACGGUGGCUAUGGACAUCAUGAGGCAAAGGGACACGGUGGCUACGGACAUCAUGAGGCGAAGGGACACGGAGGCCAUAUGCAGCAUGGUGGAUAUGGACACGAGCACAAGGGAUACGGACAUGGUGGACAUAUGGAGCAUGGCGGGUACGGACACGAGCACAAGGGCCACGAGCACAAGGGGUACGGGCACGGAGGACACGAGCAUAAGGGAUACGGACAUGGUGGCCAUGAGCACAAGGGAUACGGACACGAGCACAGGGGUUAUGGGCACGAGCAUAAAGGAUACGGACACGAGCACAAGGGAUACGGACACGGUGGACACGAGCAUAAGGGAUAUGGCCACGAGCACAAGGGUUAUGGCCAUGAGCAUAAGGGAUACGGACACGGAGGACACGAACACAAGGGUUACGGACACGAGCAUAAGGGAUACGGACACGGAGGACACGAGCACAAGGGAUACGGACACGAGCACAAGGGUUACGGGCACGGAGGCCACGAGCACAAGGGAUACGGACACGAGCACAAGGGAUACGGACACGGCCACGAAGCACACGGAUACGGCCAUGGACAUGGACAUGAGGCUCACGCCGGACACGGUUACGGACACGAAGCGCAUGGUCAUGGCCACGGCGGAUACGAGCACAAGAAGAUGCACUACCGGUCCGCGUCUUACACGGCCCCGGUCACUCAUCACCAACCAUCCCACGGUGGAUACGGUGGACACGCCGCCCCAGUGAAGUGUGGAGCGAACCUGCUCGUCGGUUGUGCCCCAUCGGUCUCGAAGGUUCCUUGCCAGCCAGUGCACGAACAUCAUGGCUAUGGACAUCACGGUGGAUACGGUGGACACGAAGCUGCCUCGGAGCUGUCAUUCCGCUUUGCCGCUCCGGAGCCGGAACAGAAGGAGGAGAAAACGGAAUAAGUGAUAACAGUUUCUAAUAAAGUAAUCGCAACAUUAA